UUGGUUCAAAUAAACUUUGGUAUUUCAGCUGGAGGCGAUCCUCCCCUAUUGGAUUCAUCGAGCAAUCCCAGAGGAAUUUUUCACUACAGUGAUACAGACAACACUUUCCAGUCGAAGUUUAGGGUUCCCGACUUUGAAGCGCUUGAUCCCAUGCAGGUGGCAAGCGAACUGAUGAGCGCGGCAGCAAAUGCUGAGAAUCGACGAAAAACAAUUUCUGGUAUCAACUUACCCUUGCCAUUUGCUGGUAAACCGCUUAAUUUUCAGAUGACUGGGGAAUCCCGAAGCGGUCUGUCCUUCACCGAAAGCGAAAGUAAGAACAGUGAGCAACCAAGUGAGCUGAGUCCCGAGGCAAGGGAGGCCUUCCUGACCGCGAAACGGAUUUGCCUCGGCUCAUCCUCAGCUUCUUGUGAUGAGGCUCUGGAUACCUUCCAUAGACUCAAAUUCGGCGAAUCGCUGAUCAAUAACGAUCCUGUACGUAGCACUCUUGACAGCGAUCCUACAGCAUCUCUUGCGAAAAUGCUUGUUCCAGCACUUGGGGAGAGAUUAGAAGCUUUAGAGAAGGACUCGCGUGUACAUUCUGCGCCCGAGGAAAACUCGUCCAGCUCAAGAGAAGAGAACGACGAUGACAAGGACGAGCUCCGAAGUACCCCUACACUCCCGGAACCUCCUCCAGUGCAACGACGCCAUCCCUUUUCCAAUGUACGAUACCGAUCAAAUCGUACCAGAUCCCGAUUAGGGAAAAUUCAGGAAUUUCUCAGGCGGAUCUCCUAG